GAAAAACAAUAAGUUCAACAAGAAGUUUCCGUUACAAAAAAAAAAAAUUCUCUCUUGUUUUUUAUUUAAUUUAUUUCUGGUAAUCCAUAUCUCCAACGAUCAUUCUUUCUAAUAUACAUGCAAAUAUACAGCGGUGUUAUAAAGUUUCCUAUAUCUGAGACACGGAAGUUUCUGUUUUAUAAAUUUUGUGUGGUUUUCUCUGCUAAAUUGAAGGCUCUGUGCUAUUUGGGUAUCCGGCAUUCGAGGCAGUUGAGCAAUUUUCAUAUCAGCUUGCAAAAAUGGUCUUCAACAGCAAGAAAUUGGUUGGGGUGAGGAAUUGUGCAUUUCCGGCAAAGAAAUGGCAGCAGAGGCGAAAGCAGGAGGGAGUGAUGAAAAAUGUGGUGGGUGGUUUCAAAUCCGUGGUCAAAACACUCCAAGGCGCUAAGCAGAUCGUCGUCAGGCUUCUUGCAGACUUGCUUGAAUUGGAGCCGGAAUCUUUUUACAGCAGGAAAGCCCUCGCCUACAAACCACUUGAACAAGAUUUGGUAGAUGGUAGAGAGGAGCCCUUAAUCUUGCCUCCCAUGGCGGGUUACGAGAUUAAAAUGCAGAAGAAGACAAUUGUUCUGGAUUUGGAUGAAACCCUAAUCCAUUCCAGCGAGGAGCCUCUCGAAUACUAUGAUUUUGCCGUCAAUGUGGUCAUCGAUGGCGAGCCAGCUACUUUCUAUGUUCUAAAAAGGCCCGGGAUGGAUGAAUUGCUGCAGCAGCUGAAGGACAGGUAUGAGCUUGUGCUAUUCACGGCAGGAAUCAGGGAAUAUGCAGAUGCAGUGGUGGAUCGGAUCGAUCCUUAUGGGGCUAUCAAGCACCGUCUCUUCAGAGACUCGUGCACUCAAACUUGUGAGGGCAGGUUUGUGAAGGAUCUCUCUCUUCUUGGGCGUGAUCUCAGGCGGGUUAUCAUAGUGGACGACAACCCCAAUGCUUAUGUUUUUCACCCUCACAAUGCAGUUCCUGUGAGUUCUUUUGUAGACGAUUUGUACGACAGGGAGCUAUCCAGCGUCAUAAGCUUCUUCAAGGUUGUGCAAGAUUAUGAAGAUCUCAGAGAAGCCAUACGCCAUUUUGUUGUCAGGGAUCCUUUGCUGAAGCCAUGAUGGUUGCUUGCUUGGUUGCCUCGGUUGAUGCUCUAUUGAAGAUAGGUAGCCCUUAGCCCUAAUUCCUUGUAAGGGCGGACUUUGCUGUUUAUGCCCCGCGGCUUUUGUUUCAGAAUCGCAGGAAAGGCUGUGCCAAUUCCAGCCUGCAGAAUUUUAGUUUAUGAAACUCUUUUGGCAAUAUGAUCUCUGCGUCCCAAAUUUUGGGGCACCGAACAAUUCUUUUGUCAAGCUUUCCGGCGAAGAAUUAUAGUUGGCGCAGAUUUUUGGUUUGAAGUCUUAAAAAAAUGCAGCUGUACACAAACCUUAAGUUUUUGCAUAUCUCAGUUAAAGGGUUAUGUGGACUUCUAUUUCAAGGGUGGGCUGGUCCCAGCCCAUAUGAUUGUAAAUUAUGAUUUGUUCCAGUAAUGGUGAUCUGACUCCCAGAAUUCGGGGGAUUGAACAUUUCUUUUGUGAAGUUGUACAGCAAAGAAUGAUGGUUCUUACAAAUUGAGGGUUUUGAUUCUACAAAAAUGCAGCUAUACUCAAAAUCUUGAACCCUUCCGAAUCUUAAGUUGAGGGUUAUGUAACCCUUGCGAAUCUUGAUUUAUGGGUUAUGUUGGCUUCUAUUGAAAGGCUCAGCUCAUCCCAGCUUCGAGACUUAGAGCUGGACGUGCCUUUAAUGAAUUUAACGUGGCAUUAGUUGAGGCAAAGUGUUCACCAAGUCUUCACAGCAAAUCAAACCAGGAAAUGCUGAGCUAUCUUUGUCUACGAAGUUGCACACAGGAUAAAUUGUACAGCGCAUCCUUUGUUAACACACCUGCAUUAUCUAGACAGGGUAAGUCUGUUAGUCUUGUAAAUGUCCCAUGCAUUUUGUCUGCUCGGUUGCUCACAGGGUAAGAUUUUUUUGUAUUGCAAACAUACAGCAUCCUUUGUCUGCUCACCUGCAUAUAGAAUAUGUAAUUUGCUUUCGUAGUUA